GGCACGUGAUUGGACACGUGACUGUGACUAGGGUUGAGGGGUAGCUUGUCGAAUUGCCCUAUCUGUCGAUUUGAGUCACACCAAGCGCUUUAAAAUGCCCGUCGAAUUGAACUACUCGACGUUUUAAUUUCGAUACAUGUAAUGAUGUAAAGUGACAAUGUUACCCCUGUUUUAACGAUAUGGGCUGCUGGAGCUGAGAAGAGCAAACGCAAACGAUGUGACCUAUCGAGUCCUGCGUUGUUACAAAUGGCCGUCGAUAUGACACACUCCAGUUUUCAACAGUGAAAACGCAAAACGUUGUUUAGGAAGGUGCUGUUUAAAAUGAAGCACUCGUAGAGUGCGGACCUCCCCAAUGCAGCUCAGAGCUUGAAGCAAGCACGUCUGCCUGAGUUGGAUGCUACCAUUAGGACCUACCUACACCAGCAAAACAGAUAAGGGUGGAAAAGUUCACUUUGGGUUAUUUCUUCAUUGAUGAACAUGGCUCUGGAGAGGAUUAAAGAGGUUUCUGAUUACCUGACUGAUGGGAAAUACCCAGAGGGGUAUAACAGAACUCAGAAGUUGACCCUAAAGAGAUACUGUCAGAAGUUCACACUAAAAGAUGGACAGCUCCUCUAUGGAGAUAGGAAAGUGGUCCGAUCAAAGGAUGAAGCCAGAUCACUGUUCAUCGAAUACCACGCAUCUCCGUACAGGGGACACACGGGGAUGGUUAAAACAAGAAAAGCGUUAUGCUCCAGAUUUUAUUGGGUUGGCAUGUCAGUGGAUAUUGACAAAUGGGUUGCGGAAUGUGAUGGUUGCCAGGGAAGAACUUCAUCCUCUGCAGCAGCCACAGCAGCAGCAGCAGCUGGUGGCCAGCCACUGAAAGCCAAAAAGGUGACUCGAAGAAAGAAGGUCACUGAGACCAUGGUGGCAGUAUGUUACGAUUAUCCUGGCGGUCCCGAGAAGUUGUACGUGGGCAAAGUUCCCAGGCCUCAGCCCAAAGCAAGAGAGAUCUUCAUCAAGGUCCACGCCACCGCUCUGAACAGGGCUGACCUACUGCAGAGAAAAGGACUUUAUCCUGCUCCGCCGGGAGAGAGUCAGACCCUAGGGCUGGAGGCAGCAGGGAUUAUUGCUGCCCUCGGUGUGGGAGUGCGGGGCCAGUGGUUCCUUGGCCAGCAGGUCAUGGCCUUGCUCUCCGGGGGUGGCUACGCAGAGUUUGUGUCUGUGCCUGAGGAGCUGGUUAUGCCCAUCCCUCCCCAUCUGACCAUCAUCCAAUCUGCUGCUAUUCCUGAAGCCUGGCUCACCGCCUUCCAGCUAAUUCAUCUCGUUGCCAAAGUGCAGCCUGGAGAGAUGGUCCUGGUGCAUGCUGGUGCCAGUGGUGUUGGCACCGCUGCCAUCCAGCUGCUGCGCCUGACCCAGGCCAUCCCACUGGCCACCGCGGGCACCGCCGAGAAGCUCGAGAUGACCAAAAGCAUCGGGGCGGCCGCUGCUUAUAACUACAAAACCGAAAAUUUCGCAGAGCGGGUCAACGACUUCACCAGUGGUCGAGGUGCCGACGUCAUUCUGGACUGCGUUGGUGGUUCUUGCUGGCAGAAGAAUGUGCAGUGUCUGGCUAUGGAUGGUCGGUGGGUGCUGUAUGGUGCCAUGGGGGGCAAGAGCGUGGAGGGGGAUCUCCUGGGUAAACUGCUGGCCAAGCGUGGGCAACUGCUCUGCAGCCUUCUUCGCUCACGCACUCUACAGUAUAAAGCUGAGCUGGUGAGGGCCUUUUCCGAGAAAGCCCUUCCUCAUUUUGAGGCGUCGAUGACACUCAGGCCAGUCAUCGAUUGUGUCUUCAGCUUGCAGAACAUUGCUGAAGCACACCGGCACAUGGAGGACAACAAGAACAUGGGCAAGAUAGUCAUCGAGGUCAUGAAAGGAGAUUGCCUCCAAGUAGACACUUCAGCGUUCCCUCCAUCAACAUCAACAACAACAACCCCAGCAACCCCUGCAGACUUCAACACUCCUUCAUACAUGAAUCUUCUGUUAAACCAACAGUUUUAAUAUAAUGUUUUAAUAUUAUGUAAUUAUUAGGGCUGUAACAAUAUUGUAUCGAAUCGAGAAAUAGUGAUACACAGCCACGAUACUGUAUCGUGAUGCAGAAGGCAGUAUCGUAACACACCCUUUAAAAGUUCAGUUACCCUUCAAUUCAGAAAACAAUCACACGACAUGAUGUGAUGUGCUUUCAAGCUUCUAAUCAACAUCCUUAUUAUUUGUAAACUUGUUUUACAUUAUUAGUAACCUCUUGUAACCUAUUCUACCUAUAAACAAUCAAAAAGAUGCAUUUUAAAAAACGUUGGGUGUAUCGAACUGUGGGUCAAAAAUUGUGAUACGAACCGAAUCGUGAGUUGACUGUAUCAUUACAGCCCUAGCGAUUAUAUUACCAUAUAAUGAAAAUGUUUCAUGGGGAUAAGGUCUCCAAGUUACAAUAUGUAUCCUGUAUGUACUGUAAGUACAGUACUGUAUGCAUGUUUCUGUCCUCUAUAAUGCCUAACAUUGAUAUUGUGGCCUUAGGUUCCAUGUUUGUCUGAUGAUGCACAAUACUUCAUAAUGUACUGUAGUAUGUGCACAUGUCUGUUAUUAUAUACUGUAUGUUUAGAUGAAUGUCUUUUAUUUACUUAAAAUGGGCUUGAAGAAGGGUUACAAACAACAUUUCUGUCUCUUCUAUGGUCAGUUUUCGGUCAAAUGUUUGUAACCCUCUGCAACUAAUAGCUUACUACAGAGGUGGGCAACCUGAGGUGGGCAACCCCAUUUCAUCUGGCCUGCAGAGCCUUUACAAUAAAAACCAUUUCUCAAUACAAACUGAUCCUCCAUAAUUCUUAAAUUGGCUACCCAACAUUCUUAAAUUGGCUACCUAAAGUGGGGAUCUUGCAGGCUUGAGAUUCAUCAACUAGACUAUAGGCUAUAGGGCACUAUACUAAUCUCAAUACAUUUCAUUACAAUGUGCAGGAAUACAUUAUUAAAAAAAGUUGUCACAGACAUAAUAAAGCUGCCAGCCACAUCUGUCCCUUUGGUCAAUCAAUACCUAAUGUGGCCCUUUGUCAAAAUAAUUGUCACCUUGGCUAAUUGUAUACUGUAAACAAUGAUGCAUACAACUUGAAAUGAGGGAUGAUGCAAUGGACUGCACUAACAUGUUCAAAGUGGUUUUAUUUUAUUUAUUUUAAAUAGUUUUCUAAAACUUGCAAUUGUAAUGGAUGCCAACUAGCAGUUUAACGGUAAAUUGUCGGUAAAUCUCCCCCCCUUAACCUAAAAAUAAUAAUAUAGGUGCAGUAGCACAGAGCUAUUGGAUUAGCCCUUUAGCUCAGUGGUUUCAUACAUGUGUGUCCACGCCAAUUGCUGUUAUUGGAUAGUUGUGGAUUCAAGCCCUGAGUGACAUAGGGUGGCUGAGUACUAUCACACAAUGCAAGUGAAUAACAAACACCAUGGGUAAAAUGUCUGCUAAGUAAUGUGAUGUAAUGCAAGUUAAGGAGAUCAAUGAAAGACAACUGGCUGCUUAAAUUGAUCUUUUUCUUAUCUUUUUAAUCCAUCCUAUUCCUAACAAAUAACAUAUGUGUAUCAUCAUGGACAAGUCAAACCCUCUUUUGAAUAUCCCUAACAGUCAUGAUGUUGAAUUAUUUAUAAUCACAUUGAAGUUCAAAUAUUUUUAUUCACACAAAUCAACCAAAAGUAUGGUUACAAGGUACUGUAAUCAAGUUCUCUACUGCUGACAAUUUAUACAAUAAAAAGGCAUACUUUACACACCAGAAAGAUGCAAGAUGAAAGUCACUGAAACGUAACGCUAAGCAAAACAGCAGUAAUUCAGCGGAUAGCCCUCUACAACAAUAUGUCAAAUUAUGAAAUCAAUCAAAAUUACUUACAUAGCACAUUAUCAUACAUAAUUGUCAUUCACUGUGCAGAAUAGAGAAAAUAACAGGGAGAAGGAAAAAAUGGUUUGUUAUAGAUAGUAAGGCAGAUGACAAUAAAGCUGUUCUAGCAUUUUGCAGCAUAAUGCCAAAAUACCACUUCACCGUUGUGUGU